ACUAGCAAGCUCCCGGACCUGACAUCAUGGUGCAUUUUACUUCUGAGGAAAAGAGCAUCGUCAGUGCCCUGUGGGGCAAGGUGAAUGUGGAGGAGAUGGGAGGUGAAACCUUGGGCAGGCUCCUCGUUGUCUACCCCUGGACUCAAAGAUUCUUUGACAGCUUUGGCAACUUGUCUUCUCCCUCUGCCAUCAUGGGCAACCCCAAGGUCAAGGCCCAUGGCAAGAAGGUGCUGACCUCCUUUGGAGAGGCCAUUAAGAACCUGGACAACCUCAAGGGCACUUUUGCUAAGCUGAGUGAGCUGCACUGUGACAAGCUGCAUGUGGAUCCCGAGAACUUCAGGCUCCUGGGUAACGUGCUUGUGAUCGUUCUGGCUACUCACUUUGGCAAGGAAUUUACCCCUGAUGUGCAGUCUGCCUGGCAAAAACUGGUGUCUGGUGUUGCCAUUGCUCUGGCCCACAAGUACCACUGA